AUGCUCGCCGUAUUCGUCGCUCUGUGCUGGCUGGCCACGGAGAUAACUCCUUUCGCCCACUCCCGGCCGUUUUUGAGCCUGUGGACCUUCCCACCGCCGACAACGGACUGCGCGACGCUGAAACGUAGCCAAAUGGCCGAGGGUAGCCUGAAUCUAGCAUCCGAAGUGGCCAUGCUCUGCGUGGUGAAACCUGUCGUCUUCCAGGUGAACAUGCCGUGGCGCCAUGAGAUUACACUAUUCGGUGUGCCGUCGGCGGGCAUUUUCGUCAUCUUUGCCGUUAUUUUAACAAACUAUUUUGACCUUACCCCGAUUGGGACCCGACUUAUAUCCUUUGGUACGUCCGCGAAGCCAGCCUCGCCGUCUUGCGUCGCGAAUAUGUCCGUCAUUUGGCCUCACCUGCUCCAGCGGUGCCCGUGCCUGCUGCGAGUGGCAAGAAAGCCGCCAAGGGGCAGCGACGAGCCCGUUGUCAUUACGUUUGGUGCUGGUGGUGGCCGUGGUGCUGUUGAUGACAGCGGGUUGGGGACCAUCGUCGAAGACCCGAAUCCGCCCGAGAUGCGCCAACGCGAUACAGAGGCCGAAAUUGGUAUAAUUACAGCCCCUUUAGACGCUGCCGAGGGUUUGUCUGUGUCGUCGCAGAGUUCGAAUGCAGGCCAAAGCACACCUGCAAGUCCAUGGGCGCCUUAG